UCAGUUCUCUCUCCUCAGGUGAUUGAUCACAGUGUGAAAGUGGCUCGUCACUACAACAGCCUGCAGGAAGUCGGUCUCGCGGCUCGGAGUCGAAGCAGGAUUUUCUUCAUGAGGAAUUUUAACAACUGGCUGAAGAGCAUCCUGAUUGGUGAGGUUCUGGAAAAGGUGCGGGGGGCGGGCUCUCAGCAGGUGAGUGUGUUGGAUCUUGGCUGUGGGAAAGGUGGUGAUCUGCUGAAGUGGAGGAGAGGAGGAAUCAAUCACCUGGUCUGUGCAGAUAUCGCAGCCGUCUCUGUGGAUCAGUGCGAGAGUCGCUAUGACGACAUGAAGAAGAAGAGCUACGCUAACGAGAAGAUCUACAGCGCGCAGUUCAUCAGUGCAGACUGCACCAAGGUAGAACCGCAGCACCUAGAUCAGCUCACCGAGGUAGAACCGUAGUACCUAGAUCAGCUC